AAUUCGAGCCAAUCCGACGAACCCACCCAUUGGUCCGGUUCUCUUCGUCAAAAAACCUAACCAGCAAACUCUCCCAUUCGACGGCCGGGAGUUGGGCAGGUAGCACGCAGUCACUUUCUUUGCACCGUCUUUGAAAGCCGAUAGAUGGCACUAGUAGUAGUUCGGUUACAGACGAAAUAUUAUUGAGACUUGCGUGUGCGCCUUCUUUCGAUUGUUAAUCUUUAUUUACGCAUGACUAAAAGGUGUUUUAGCAACAAUUUUACGACAAAAGUGGAGUUUCGUCUCAUCCUGAAGAGAUUGAGGUUUUAAAAUGAAAUUUUAAGUGGAUUACACAUUGAAGUGAAAUAACUUGACUUUUUAAAGUGUUGAAAUCUACAAAACAACAGGAUGCUUUUCUAAGACAAACGUGAUCUUAUAGGCGCAAGCAACAACUUCCCGGAUGCUUCUUAGCUCAUCAGACCAGUGUGAUGCGAGUGUUUGUGGCCAUCGAAGGAGCCUGGGUUUUUCAUUCCUGUAAGGAACAGAUUCAUGACAUACCCCGUAUGCAGCACUCGAGACAAAAUGCAGACGCUCAGCAAUAUUGCAAAAGGAUUACCACUUCUGAGAAUGUUCGCGUCGCUUCAUGUCCUACUCGCGAUUUUGCUGCUAGAAGUUAUGGCGGUUUCAACUUCCCCAGCAGCACAACCAGGCAAGGGAGUUGAUGCACUUGCUGCUAAACGAAAUUUGCGUUAUGGAGUCAAGGAUGACAUACGACCACAAAAGUCCAGCUACCUUUCUGAGCCGAAAGAGGUGGAUCGGGAGCCUUAUGACAAUCCCCAAAAGACUUGAGACUGUGCUACCUUCUUGUAAAAGUUCAACAUGACAACAGCAAGACGCAAGAAGAUAUGACAAGUCUUCCUAGAGAAUCAGUUGCUCCCAGAAAGCAGGACCACUCACGCAUCGGCGCCAAUGAUUUUUUUUCUUACAAGUUCAAACGUGAACGAGACAUAUUUCUUCAAAAAGUGUUAUGCUACCUUCAAUUUUCAUGACCUUUCUGCCCAAAGAUAUAGAAUGGCAUCAUUCCCUAAUUAACAUACAAACACAUAAAAUUCCUUCCCUAAAUUCUAAUAACAGUAUAAUAACAUGGAGCAACCAAGUUUAUUACUCAUGAAAUUAAUAUCUGCAAUUAACAUUUACGAAACGCUUGUAAAUUAAGUUAACGGGUGUCCAAAAGACAAAAAACCGAAGAGGAGCAAAGCAUGGGAAAUAUUCAGUAAACAUGUUCUCCUUACUAGAUAUGCAAUCAGUGGGUUCGGAACAUUAGUAACGAAGUCUCCCUUUAUUUCCAGCAUCAACGCCAGAUCCGCUUCAAAGGCUCUUACCAACAGCUCCCGAAGGGCCUCCCCCACCAGGCAAGCGAAGAAGUCUUCGCUCACGCUCAACACGAUGACCGUCUCUCCUACUUCAUACAAGUGGACGUGGAAGACGAGCCGCACAUCAUUAUGAACUUCAGGGAUCUCCCGAAGGGCACCAUGACCUACUUCCCACCCGAGGUCAUCCCACUCGACCUCCUCUACUCGAGUGAGGACGACGACACCUUCGGGUUCUUGAGUUUCCACGACGAGCACGAAAGCAACGUCAAAGAUUCCCGUGAAAAAUCAGCCGAAAGUCAAGCUGGACUGUCUCCUUUUUAUAUACCACCUAAUGAAGAUAUAGAUUACGAUAACUUCUUCAUUACGCAUUCAUCAUCAGCAGAAGAGCUCGAGCCAGUCUUCCUAGCCAAAGAUUUCUCGUCAGUUUCCACUUCUACGAGUCAACCAUCAGUUAAUUUCGAUUCCAUUGAGAUUGGACGCCAUCAUGAUUUCGACAGGACCUCAGUUAAUGUUGAUACUCUUGAAAAUAAACACCAAUUUAACCUCCACAGACCCUCAGUUAAUUCAGAUUCCCUUGAAAUCGAACACCAUCUUAACUUCGACAAUCCCUCGCCUAAUUUAGAUCCCCUCGAAAUCGACAGACCCUCGGUUAACUCAGAUCCCCUUGGAGUCGACAAACAACAUAACGUCGACAGACCUUUAGGUAAUUUAGAAUCCUUUGAAAUCGACCACCACCAUACAGUCGACAGACCCUCUGUUAACUCAGAUCCCCUUGGAGUCGACAAACAUCAUAACGUCGACAGACCUUUAGGUAAUUUAGAAUCCCUUGAAAUCGACCACCACCAUACAGUCGACAGACCCUCGGUUAACCCAGAUUCCCUUGAAGUCGACAAACAUCACAACGUCGACAGACCAUUAGGCAAUUUAGAAUCCCUUGAAACCGACCACCACCAUACAGUCGACAGACCCUCGGUUAACUCAGAUCCCCUUGGAGUCGACAAUCAUCAUAACGGCGACAGGCCCUCGGUUAAUUCAGAUUCCCUUGAACUCAAGCACCACCAUAAUUUCGACAAACCUAGCUCAGAAAACGCCCCAUUUCACUUCCUCUCUGACGCUUUAGGGGAAUCCCAUAUACUGACAAACAAUGUUUUCGAAGCUGACGAAAACGACCGCGACUCCGAGUCGAGCUAUUCCACAACAUCGACCCUCUCGACACAGCUAUCUUUGACAACACCGGCGUCUUACUCAUUCCCCUCACAAACAACCAUCCCUGAUUCUUCAACUGCAGAAUCAGGUGAAGUAUUUUUCAUUACUGGUCACAGUGAUAACUCAAAUGAUGCAGAUGAUGAAUCGUUUUCUACAACCUCAAUCCAUAGUCAACCUUUGCAUAUUUCCAGUACCCCUGCCACUAUUUUGGAAACAUCAAGCUCAUUCCUAUUACCACAAAGCAUCCCCCACAAUCACGGUCCAAACAUACAACAUCAUGACAUCACAAGUCCCUCUUUCACUUCAGCCCACCAUCAUGACAUUACAGGUCCCUCUUCCCCUUCAGCCCAACAUCACGACAUUACAGGUCCCUCUUCCACUUCAGCCCAACAUCACAUCAAAAAUCCCUCUCCCACUUCAAACCUUCCCAAAACGUUAACCACCACAAAAAUCGCCCAUCCUGAUCUGUCAGCUGGACUUCCAAAAUCUCAUAAAUUUCCUAGCAAAGAGAUUCGACGCAAGCAUUCAGGCCGUGUGACAGAUCAAUCUAAUUUUUCUAAGGAAAGGGCCUCCAAAGAGGAAUCUAGUGACGGCCCUAUUCCAGGUACACCUGGUAUCGAUUAUCCUCUGUAUCAUACUGUGCCAGUCACAAGUUUUGACUGCUCUACCAGAGAAUUUGGUGGUUACUACGCCGACCCCGAGACCAAUUGUCAGGCUUUCCACAUAUGCCUCGGCAGGAAGAGUCACGGCUUCCUGUGCCCCAUUGGAACAAUGUUCAACCAAAAGCUGCUGGUCUGCGACUGGUGGUACAACGUUGCCUGUGCACAGGACCCUCAGCAUCAACUUUAAAAGAAAUCAAUCGAUUGCAACAACAAAUACCAAAGAACUUGACACAGACGAGACGACGCCUUACUUAUACAUAAGUUGGACUAGUCAUUUUUACCGUAAUCACAGACCUUGACUUUAUUGUUAGUUGUGAUGUUAUGAAUUUAUUUACUAUUUCUUUCAAUGUAUUAGAGAAAGCUUAUAGUUUAAUAUUGCGGCCAAUUAUAGCGGGUAUCCUAUGGAUAAUAAGCGUUUGCUAAUAAUAAUAAAAUAAUGAUUAAACUGAAAUUCUGAAUUUUGAUGUACAUUGACCAAAAGGAAACCUUAUUUUCCCAUAAUAUAGAGCAUAAUUCAUAUAUUCCACGUUCACUGACUUGUGAAACAGAGGGAGUUGUGCAAAAUCUCACACGAUACAUUAUGCAUAAAACUCCUCACAAUAAAAUUCAUCAUGGAAAUCAUUCAGUACUGCAUUUCCAGGAUUCUUAAAUUCCAUCAAAUAAAUCGCCUAGUAACCUAGUUUUAUAAACUCACCUCACUCUACGGAAACAAUACAUAUGUUGCCGUUGAUUCCUUGACAUAUCACUAUAGUUUUCUCUAUUACAGAAAGGCUAAUAAACUUACACCUCGCAGACACCUCUCUAAG